AGUGCGGCCCUAGUGCUGGCUGCGGCGGCCUGGAACCGGUUGGCUGGGACCUGACACCGCCUGCAAGCUGCAGGUUGCUUCUAUAACUGGAUCACGAGUUUGCUGCACAAAGUACCAUGUCUCGAUCCCGGCAGCCCCCACUUGUAACAGGCAUCUCUCCAAAUGAAGGAAUACCUUGGACCAAAGUCACAAUUAGAGGGGAGAACCUGGGUACUGGUCCCACUGACCUCAUAGGCUUGACAAUUUGUGGACAUAAUUGCCUCCUCACGGCAGAAUGGAUGUCUGCGAGUAAAAUUGUCUGUCGAGUGGGACAAGCCAAAAAUGACAAAGGAGACAUUAUUGUCACAACUAAGUCAGGGGGUAAAGGAACCUCAACUGUCUCUUUUAAGCUACUCAAGCCUGAAAAAAUAGGCAUUUUAGAUCAGUCUGCAGUGUGGGUGGAUGAAAUGAAUUAUUAUGAUAUGCGGACUGACAGGAACAAAGGGAUUCCUCCCUUGUCUCUCCGUCCUGCGAAUCCUCUUGGCAUUGAAAUUGAGAAAUGUAAACUUCCUCAGAAGAACUUAGAAGUGUUAUUCCAUGGCAUGAGUGCUGAUUUUACAAGUGAGAAUUUUUCAGCAGCCUGGUAUCUCAUAGAGAAUCACUCCACCACCAGUUUUGAGCAGCUCAAGAUGGCGGUCACCAACCUCAAAAGGCAGGCCAACAAGAAGAGUGAGGGUAGUCUGGCAUAUGUGAAGGGCGGCCUCAGUACCUUCUUUGAAGCUCAAGAUGCUCUCUCAGCUAUCCAUCAAAAACUAGAAGCAGAUGGAACUGAAAAAGUAGAAGGAUCCAUGACACAGAAAUUGGAGAAUGUCCUCAAUAGAGCAAGUAACACCGCUGACACAUUGUUCCAAGAAGUAUUAGGUCGGAAAGACAAGGCAGAUUCCACUAGGAACGCCCUCAACGUACUUCAGCGAUUUAAAUUUCUCUUCAACCUUCCUCUCAAUAUUAAACGGAAUAUUCAAAAGGGGGAUUAUGAUGUAGUUAUUAAUGAUUAUGAAAAAGCCAAAUCGCUCUUUGGGAAAACGGAGGUGCAAGUUUUCAAGAAAUAUUAUGCUGAAGUAGAAGCAGGAAUUGAAGAUCUAAGAGAGUUACUUCUAAAGAAAUUGCUCGAGACUCCAUCAACCUUACAUGACCAGAAGCGCUACAUAAGGUAUCUUUCCGACCUCCAUGCACCUGGUGACCCUGCUUGGCAGUGUAUUGGAGCUCAGCACAAGUGGACCCUCAAGCUCAUGCAAGACUGCAAAGAAGGCCACAUGAAGAGCCUAAAAGGUCACCCAGGCCCGCACAGCCCCAUGCUCGACCUAGACAACGAUGUGCGCCCCUCGGUGUUGGGCCACCUCAGUCAGACAGCGUCACUGAAGAGGGGGAGCAGCUUUCAGUCUGGCCGAGAUGACACAUGGAGGUAUAAGACUCCCCACAGAGUGGCAUUUGUUGAAAAAUUAACCAAGCUUGUGUUAAGUCAGCUGCCUAACUUCUGGAAACUCUGGAUUUCAUAUGUUAAUGGAAGUCUUUUCAGUGAGACGGCUGAGAAGUCAGGCCAGAGUGAAAGAUCAAAGAAUGUGAGGCAGAGACAAAACGAUUUCAAGAAAAUGAUUCAAGAAGUAAUGCACUCCCUGGUGAAGCUGAUCCGGGGAGCCCUGCUUCCACUCAGCCUCCGAGAAGGGGAUGGGAGGCAGUAUGGCGGCUGGGAGGUGCAGGCAGAGCUUUCGGGGCAGUGGCUCGCACACGUUAUCCAGACCAUAAGGCUAACAUAUGAAUCACUGACCGCCCUGGAGAUUCCCAAUGACAUGUUACAGAUUAUCCAGGACCUAAUUUUGGAUCUCCGAAUACGUUGCAUAAUGGUGACAUUGCAGCAUACGGCCGAAGAGAUAAAGAGAUUAGCUGAAAAAGAAGACUGGGUUGUUGAUAAUGAAGGACUGACUUCCCUACCAUGUCAGUUUGAACAGAGCAUUGUUCACUCCCUGCAGUCCUUGAAGGGUGUUGUCGAUUGCAAACCUGGAGAAGCCAGCGUCUUUCAACAGCCUAAAACGCAGGAGGAGGUUUGCCAGUUAUGCAUCAAUAUCAUGCAGGUUUUUAUAUACUGCCUGGAACAACUGAGCACCAAGCCUGAUGCAGACAUAGAUACUACUCAUCUUUCUGUUGAUGUUUCUUCUCCUGAUUUGUUUGGAAGCAUCCAUGAAGACUUCAGUUUGACUUCAGAGCAGAGGCUUUUGAUAGUCCUGAGUAAUUGCUGCUAUUUAGAACGUCACACCUUCCUAAACAUAGCAGAACAUUUUGAAAAACACAACUUCCAGGGAAUAGAGAAAAUAACACAGGUUAGCAUGGCAUCGCUGAAAGAACUGGAUCAACGACUCUUUGAAAAUUACAUUGAGCUAAAAGCAGAUCCCAUUGUUGGAUCCUUAGAACCUGGGAUCUACGCAGGCUACUUUGAUUGGAAGGACUGCCUGCCUCCGGCAGGUGUCAGAAACUAUUUAAAAGAAGCAUUGGUGAAUAUAAUUGCUGUGCAUGCAGAGGUAUUCACUAUUUCCAAGGAACUGGUGCCACGGGUCUUGGCCAGAGUGGUAGAAGCAGUCUCUGAAGAGCUGAGCCGGCUGAUGCAGUGCGUCUCAUCCUUCAGCAGAAAUGGAGCACUGCAGGCCAGACUUGAAAUCUGUGCUCUGAGGGACACUGUAGCCAUUUACCUGACCUCGGAAAGCAGAUCUCCACUAGCCAGAUGGACCUCAUGCCUCCCAGGGCCCCUGAAUGCUCACACCAUCACCCUUGCCUUGCUCAGCCUCUCCUGCCAACCCAGGAUACAUAGUACAUUGGAGACUAGUAUGGCCUAUAGUAUGAGACCCUAUUCCAAAGAAGGAGAAGAAUUCAAUAACCUGAACAGCCUCUAAAACUCUCAGAAACCUGAGGCAGGAGGAUCACAAGAUUGAAGCCAAUCUAGGUUUUAUAGCAAGACCUAAAGAAGGGAGAAUAAAAGAAGAAUCAGAUGUACUGGGAGUCCCAGCCCCUCUCAUCUUCUCCCACUACAGGAAUGGCCCUGUUCCUGGCAGUAACAGGAAGCUCGCCUAGAACAUCAGAGGGAAGCACAGCAUCCCAGGUUCACUAGGAAACAACUGAGGUGCCCAUUGUGGCCACCAGGCCUAGGUCCUACCACCACAGAGCCUGGGAAGAGACUUAUGCUGGGAACCAGCUGGGAGCUGGAGUGAGGAACACCUAGGUCAGGUACUCUACUUCCGUCCAACUUCCCCAGAGAGAACGUCUUGCACUCUGCCGAGGCAAACUUCCAUUCACAUUACAGUUUUGUCAAGCAAAAUCUCCUUUGCUUACUGUGAAAUCCCUGCCUUUCUUUUCCGUGCUUCCAGCCCGUGGAUCUCAGUCACCUCUUAAAUAAUUCAUAAUACCUGUCACCCAAGGCUAGGAGCCACAGCAGAGGAGUGAAGGCCAAAUCCCUUGUGGAUGAUGAAUCUCUCUCCUGCUCCCAUGCGGAAUCUCUGUGACACCCAGAAGAGACGUUUAAGAAUUCCAUAAGCUUGAUGAGCUGUGUAAAAGCAGCAGCUGUGUUUAUUAUCAAUUAUUAUUAUUAUUAUUAUUUGCUUAGAAAAUGAAAGGCAAACGGUCUAAGACUAAAAGAUCGACUGUUAAGGGCCAUGCAGCACCUAUAAAUGGAGUGUGUUUAUCCCAGCAAAAAUAGACAGAGCAAUUGUAUGUUACAAAGGUCCCAGAGGUGGGACCCAGAGGAAAGGGUUUACUGGCUCACUCAUUCCAGUCAUCCUCUAUCACUGGAGGAAGUCAGAGCAGGAACUCAAGCAGGAACCUGGAGGCAGGAGCUGAAGUCCAAAGAAAGCCCGCUUCCUGGCUGCCCUCCGUGUCUUGCUCAGCUUCCUUUUUAGAGAACCCAUGACCACCAGGCCAGAGGUGGCACCACCCACAGUGGGGAGGGCCCUGGCCCUCCCACAUCAAUCAUGAAUCAAGAAACUGUCCCCACAGACUUGCCUCCAGGACUGCCUAAUGGAGGCACCGUUUCAGUGAAGGUUCCCUCUUCCCAAAUUAUUCUAGUUUAUGUCAGGUUAACAAAAACUGGUGUGAGUUGGAUGUCCCUUGAGGGUCCUUGUGAUUAACUGCCUGGUUUCCAGGGUGGAGCCAUUUGUAAAUGGUAGAACUUUUAGGAAGUAGGACCCAGUGUGAGGUUCUUCCAUCAGGAAGAUAUGCCCCAGAAGGGACUGUGGGAUCUCAGCUCCUCCCUAACUUCCCGUGGGAGAUGUAAACUUCCCACACACAUGCACACACAUGCUCAAGUUCCUCCAAUCUGAUGUGACUGUAGAAGGAGUUCUUCUCCAGACAUGAGCUGAUGCAAGCCACAGCCCACACCUCCAAGACUGAGCUAAAUCAACUGCCCCGGGUAUUUUAUUGCAGUACUGAAAGCUGACUAAUGCUUUGAGCUGACUGAUGCAGCCAACCUAAAUGUCAGCAACAGACAAUUAAGAAACAAAGUGCGGUGCUUAGUAACACGGGUUCACUGUCACACAGUCUUGGAAGACCUUUUAUUUUACAAGUGAACAGCAAAAUUGCAUUUAUACUGAGAUUGCAGCCAACACAUGAAUAUGCACAGGCAUUGGAAGCGUCCAAAGAAGCUUUUGUUCUUUGGUGGGAUGUUCAGGAGCCCUUCCCAAGAGGGGUUGUACUGAAGAGCCCCGCCCCAGGGCAUGUGGUGCUGAGGAGCCCCACCCCCAGGACAUGUGAUACUGAGGAGCCCCACCCCCAGGACAUGUGAUGCUGAGGAGCCCCACCCCCAGGACAUGUGGUGCUACUGAGCAGGAGGCAGAGAGGGAGAAGAGCUUCUAGCUUUCCAUGUGUUGCUUCCUCCACUGCACUCUCUGAUGUCCCAGCACUAAGGGGGCAGGGUGCCCAUGAGAAACAGGUCCAUCCUCCUGGACCUUAGGCCUUAGUUAUAAUUACCGUGCAGUUGUAACUUGUGAACUACAUACAAUCCACAAUGACCACCACCACUACCACCACCUCGGGAUUUCCUUCACAAUCACUUAAGUAUCUGAUCAGGAAACAAAUAUGGUUGACAUAGAGGCUUAGAAGCUAUGGAGGUGACUAUGUGGCAGAACGCUUCAAGAGAAUUGAGGGAGAUCUGUUUUGUAAGGCAUGUGAUCUCUGGCUCUGAAUUGUUCCUAGAGGUCUAAAAAUAGGACUGUGCAUAAAUGGUUCAUUGACCAGUGCUGGAUUCAUCGGAGGGGAGAGGUCAUCCACGGUUGAUCCUAUUGUGAGUGUGUGUGGUGGGGGAGUGACAACAAUCAGGGCCACUGUGUUUUCUGGGAGGCUUGACAAGGUCCACAUCCAAACUCAGGAAUCCCUCCCCUGGAGCCCAGGACUGUCCCUGCAUAUGGGUGGCCUCCAUGUGUCACUGAGCCUGGGUGCUGACAACCCUGGGUCUUUAGAAGCAUAUGCAGAGGAGGAGGCAGGCUAACCAAGGGACUAGGAGGCAUGAUGGCAGAUGGAGUGUGUGUGUGUGUGUGUGUGUGUGUGUGUGUGUGUGUGUGUGUCCAGGAGAAAGCUAUAACAACCUGUCACAGUGAAUCAGUAAAGGGAAAAUCAGCUGUUCUUGACAGCCUAGCUCAUGUCCCAGGCCUGGGCCCCUCCCAGGAGUGGGGCCAGGUACUCUGGCACAUCUCCUCUGUUCUGAACCUGCAUCCUGACUGCUCCCACACAGACUGUGACUCAUCAGUCAGUCCAUCCAGAGACAGUGGUCCAGAACUUCCCUGUGGAACAUGGAAGAGGCCACAUUUCUUAGUUGUUGCCAGGCAAACCAGGACAGAUGACUACCCUACCCUUAUGGGAGAGCCUUCUGGUGCCAUACCACGAUGUUGAUAGAGUUCCUAGACAAAAAAACUGCACAUGGUGGCCACCUGCAGUCUGAAGGGAGAUGCUGUAACCUUCCUGACAGCUUUGCAGACACCUCUGCCUUCCAAAUCUCUCACUGUUAGAGUACUGAGCAGGCGCAUAGCAGCGUUGGAGGGGGAGCUUGAGGUGUGGGAUGAGCAGGCUGGGCCAGCUGAGUGGGCUGAGGGAAGAAGGGGAGAGGCAGGGACUGAGGUGUGAGCUGGUAGCAGGCAGGCUCCUCCAGUAUAUUACUCAUGUGUGUGCCCUUGGCAAGGGGAAGGAAACACUGGCACACUGUGCACCCACAUGAGACGACACAAGUCACUUCCUCUCACAUGCUGCCUGCCGUAGUAGGUGACUGAGGGAGCUACACUUCAGAAAUAUGAAGUCUUUCCAUGAUGUCUGUAAACAGCUGAGACUAUCCAGAAAGGGGAAUGAAGCUAUAGAUAAUAGCCUCUUGAGUGGCCUGCAGCCUCCUGGCUUCUGUAGGCAGUAGUAGGCUGGGAUGGGAUGCUGGAAUCCAAUGUGAUGGUAGAUGGGAAGGGCUAGGAUGGGGCGGGAUAGAGUGAGGUGGGGUGGGGUGGGAUGAAGAUGGACACCUUCUGGCUGGCCUGGAGUUUGGGGCAAAGACUGUUUUGUUUAUUAGGAAGAUGAGACAAGAAGCAGAAAUCUCAGCAGACAGGACAGAGCCCCCACGCAGGGAAGUUUGGUCCCAAGUGUGCCCGCAUUACCGAGCCUGUCUGUGGUUUGUAGUGUAGCAUCCCUUCUGUGAACCACAGAUAAAGGAUGGAAACUCAGCUGCAUAUGAGAUGAUGUGAGGGAAAGGUGUCUGACUGACUGGAAAGUGCUGGACAGAUGCCAGAUGCUUCAUGGCUACCUCAGCCACAGGUCAGAGGCCACAGGUCACAGGUAACAGAGGGGUGUUUAUCACACAGCCCUGGCCACUGCUGUGUCUCCAUGUGGCUGCAGUGAGAUGGUCUUGCACAAUAGUUUUCAGCAAGCUGACUUCUGAGAACAGCUUCUACAACACCCUCUCCUCAGGCUCCACAGUUUCCAAGGCCCAGUCUGGCAGGAGUGACCUAGCUACACCCUGUCAGCCUAUCAUCAGGAUUCUUCUGGGACAUUUUGGUUUCCUUGUGUUUUCUAAUAUUGUCAGAUAUCCAGUCUUACAUUGGGGCCGUUGCAUGGGCUUGCUGCAUAUGCAAAGAACAAAAAAAUCUUAUUGUCAGUGCCAGUGGAUUGGUGAACGUGCUUGGCGCUUUACUUCAGGAAACAGGAAGUCAUUUUCCUUCCUGCUAGAUUCAGAUAAACCUGAAAUAAAGAAAAAUGAUAGAUAUUAGGAUACUUUAAUUGCUUUGUGCAUCUCUGUUACAUAAGAAGUAGGCUCUGUACUUUAAAAUGGGUUUCCUGCUUGGCAUGAUGUCUAGCCUGUGUUCCAAGGGACAGAGGGGUAGGAGUCACGAACUCUGGCCAUGAGUAGAAAGAAUGGACGAGUGAUGGGUGACUCUCCCCGCUAGAUUAGUGGUGGUGGAGGGGGGUGGGGACAGGGAACGUGACCAGUGAUUUAAAAGUGCUUUCUGCAGUAAGCUUAAAGUCUGUAAAAUGUAAGCUGUGUGAGGCGUGUGUGGCAUCCUGGGACCGCUGCUGCUGUACACUUCAAAAAUGGCUAAUGAUGUCACAACUGUUUUCACAAAAAUAGAAUCAAAUCCAGGAGACAGGACUCAGCUCAGUCUGCAGUUUGUAGCCCCAGUAAGCUGUUGGAUGCUGGCCUUUCCCUCACAACAUCAUUAUGACAGUCAUAAGGAAGGGGAGGCCAAGGCAUUGAGCUCUUUGCCACACACCCCGGACCCACCAACCCAGGGAGUGGGCAUGCAAACAGGAGUGUUUCUAAAGGACAUCAGUGGGCCUUUGUUAACUCCUUCAUGGAGAAACAUGCAUAACCUCUGUGCUGCUUCAUACAUGUGUAAGCAUGUACUAUCCAUGUCCUCAAGUCCACUACACGCACACCCUCCUUCCAAAGAAGGACAAAUGAGGGCAUGAAGACCACACAGUCAGGGUGCCAGAGAUGAACUCGGGCUCCCCAAACAAUCCAGGUGACCUCUCUCUCCUUCAUCUGUCAAGAGGGAUGGUUGAAAUAGGACCUUCACACCAACCAGCUUCAAUAAAUCUAUUAACGUCUCUCA